AUGCGUUCUGGACACAGUGCUGACGGCGGAUCGGGCAACGAGGAAGAGACAGAGGACAAAGUUGGCUUGCUUGCGCCGCUUCCGUUGCGCGCUGGGCGGGAGAAACGACGACGGUUGGCGAGGGGGGAUGUUGAGAAGUCAAGGGUGGUCUGGGAGGCCAGGUCGUUGCGCAAGGGUCGGCGAAGCUACCCUUCCAGCGAAUCCAGCGACGAGACAGAUACCGACUCUCGCUCUUCCGCUUCAGAAGACGCAGGACCUGAAGAACGAGGACGAGCGCGAGCGCGAGAUACAGGAAGUCCGUUCGGGAAUUGGCAGGUCUGGCUCGGAAUUGGGAUGGGCCUGCUAGGCGUCGUCGGAUUGGCAUAUUACCUCUAUACGCAUCCUGCUUCUUCCGCUUCGACGUCUUUCGCAACACCGUCCGGUGCUGCCGCGCCAACAACGACACCGGCUGCAGUAGACGUAACGACAUCGCCAUCUGUCACUGCCUCCGCGACAGACCUUACAUUGUCGCCUGUCGACACUGCCGGCUCGACGACUUCUCCCUCGACAGACGACACCGCCGCCUCCACUUCCAUCCCUGUGUCCUCGACUGAGUCAUCGAAAGCCUCUUUAGUCUCUGGCGAACCGAAAGGAACGGCGAGUGCGUCGGCCAGCGGCAGUACGGCGUCGGGAAAGGCGAACGGCCAGACUUAUACUGGAAAGGCGACAUUCUAUACACAAAACGGCGUCGCAGGCGCCUGCGGCAAAGUCAACCCCGACAGCGCCCUAAUUUGCGCCCUCAAGACCGAGACCUACGCCGGCGGCAAGAACUGUGGCAAGAUGAUUCGGAUCACGAGGACGAGCGGGAAGGGAGGGUCGAUAGAUGUGCAGGUCGCGGAUAUGUGUCCUUCGUGCGAGGGACCUGGGUACGUAGACUUAAGUACCGGCGCAUACAACAAACUCGGCACAGUCGACGAAGGAUGGUUCGACAUCUCCUGGCAGUUUAUCGACUGA